AUGCAGGCGGCAAAGGAUGUUAAACUGCUGCUCCUCGGUACGUCAUUCUCAGUCCCCUUGUGCCACUUAUCCCUUCGCCAUGCGCCCGCGGUAGACUCACGGAGUCGAUUCGUGCUGGGAUUUCCGCGAACCGCCCAGCCCCGAGACCCGGCCGUUGCCGCACCGUUUGUGGAUUAUACACUCGCCGCUCGGCGCCGGGCCGGCCGAGUGGCCUCGGAGGCGAUAGUUUGGGUUGGGUUGGGUUAG